AUGCCUGUUACUGAAUACCAUGGCGAAGAUGCACCAAAAGCGCCAUUAAUACACUCUACAGAGAACCCGGAACCCCCACCUUCUGUACCAGAAUCAAUUUCGACUGCAGUACAUAUGAAAGAAAAGUUGGAAAAGUGCACCUCCUCUGGAUCCGACGAGUUUAUCUUCACACCUACAAACUAUAGUGAUUUUGAAACGGAGCAGCUGCAGUCAACCUCGCCCUUUCAAAACGAUAAAGACAAGUUGUUUAACACUAUCGUAGAACAUCAGCAGCAACAGAAAAAUAAACAAGAACUCGAGGAUAAAGAAAAGCAGGAGAAUCUAGAAGAUCAUGACCCUGCUAUGUCUGAUAGCAAGUCGUCCCUCAACCCGCCCUGGCUCCGCGGAUCAGGGUCUAGUGGCCCCGGACUCAGAAUAAAUAAGAUCCCCUCGAAGGGCCUUAAUCACUUGGACAAGCAUAUUCCACCUGAUUCAUGGCGCAGGACUUCAACUAUCCCCAGGUUUUCCAACUCGUACCUUAAGCCCAAUGCCAAGUUUGUGGGUGAGCAAUUGUCUGAUCUGUCAAGAUAUUACAUCGAGGUUCAGUUCAAGACUGUAGACAUGGUCAACUCUUUGGUUACUGGAUUUCUUGAGAUAACUGGACUCACUCCAGCUCCUACGAACAUCACGACGUAUUUCAAAGGAGAAAUUAUAAACAACCCCUUGAACAAAUAUGAUUGGAAAUCUCCGGAAAACUCAUUGACCGACGAUACCAUCCAAAAAUUUUCGUUUGCAACUGAGAACAGACAGUGGGAGUCGUCCAUAAAGAACGAUUUUGACCACUGGGAAAUCUUGACUCAAAUGAGGGACUCAGCUGAUUGCCAGAUUAGGAACAAAUUGAACCAAAUACAGUCGCAACACCACAGGGUAACCGGGAACAGCAGUAACAGUGACCAGUUCAUAUAUAUGAGGUGGAAGGAGGAGUUUUUGGUACCCGACUCGAGGGUAGAAAAGAUUUUCGGAGCUUCGUACGAUGGCUUUUACUUCAUUGUUUUGAACAUUGGUGAUGGAAUCAGUGGUAAUGGCGGCGGCAGUUUUAGCACCGGAGCCAGUAACAGUAAACCUUCGCCUGGGCCAGCCAACCUGCUGCACCAAUACCACCAUGAGAGCAAGGGUGGAGACUCCAAGAACAGCUUGGGAGCACCAGGGUCUAUUAGCGGGUUGUACUAUCACAAGAGCUUUGAGAUGUUUCAGUCGCUCAGUCUUGGCUUUGUAAAUGACCACGGAACUAGAAGUAACUUUGAGUUCUGCUAA